AUGGACGGUGAUUUUCAACUACCUAACGGACACCUUCUCAACUUGAACCCGCGGCCUCGUAACAACAGCAAAGCAAACCGGCAGCCUCCUGUCACUUCUGAUUUGAAACUGCCACAGAGCCGAGAGCGAGAGCAUUCGAACCGGAUCGAAGGGAAGACUACGACACGGCCGGAUCCUAACGCGAUGCCGCAAACCAGUCCAUCUGGGUUAGCUACGAAGCUGCCAAUGCCCAAGAGCUUCGUGGACAAAGGCAAAGGAAGGGGCAAACGGGAGGACAAGCAACCAUACGUUGAAGAUGAGGAGGAGGACACGCCGCCUACGACAUCUGAAAAUACCCCGGAGAGAUCGACGAAGAACCACGAUCACCAUUGGAGUAAACUCCGCGAGAAGCUUGAUAAGGACUCGCCAUUGAUACAAAAGAGCAAGGAGAAACAGAAGGAGUAUUACCAAGGGGCUUGUCAGAAAAUCAAGUCAUUUGCGAACGGCCCGCGAAACGAAACGGCUAAGAACAGUAAGUACGGCGAAAUCAAUGCGAGCGACACCGAACUUCCUGCACGAGGGGCAACAGGUAUUCCUAGUCCUAGCAAUCGGGCUCGGAGUGCUUCGGGAGUUAUCACUCGCGCUCCGGCUAUCCGCCAGCCUCCAAAACAGAAGAAACAGCAACAGCAACAGCAACAGCAACAACAAAAAGAUGAGCAACCCGCUCCUCUCCGGAUCAAGAAAUCCCCUUCGCGACAGCCGUCCGAAACCACCGAUAACGCUACCGAUUCGUCCGCCUAUUCACAAUUCUCUACCUCAUCAAUUUCAGGUCGUGCUAGCUCGAAUACUGAAUGGGAGGAUAAAUUCGUCGUCAAUAUGCCAUCGGCCACGGAACCAAAUCCGCCAUUCUUGACGGCUCAGCAAAUCGUUGAGUUCCAGAAGAGCAUGGAGAAGGUGCGACGAGAGGGAGGAGAUAUGGUGCAUCCCGAUACUUGCCCCAGUCCUCGUACUACAACGCCCGAGGGCAAGGCCGAUACGCCAGAGAAGACAUCUGGACGCGACGAUUCUAACCCGGAGAACAAAAUGCAAGACAACACAAACGAUGAUCCCAUUAAUCCUCCACAACGAAGGUACUAUUCGCCUGAAGAAAUAGGAAAGAAGAGGUGUAGCACAAUCUGGGAGGAGGCACCUUCGAAAGCAAAGCAAAAGAAUCCUGAUUCCAAGUCAGAUGGCUCGUUCUUGGGAUGCAAGGAAAUCAACCAAGAAGAGAAAAACCCGGAUGAGAUCUUGUUCUUCUCAACGGCAACUGAGCGCCCGAAGGUCGUCGACAUCCCAGCACCGAUUUCGAGGAAGCCAAGAGCUAAAGCGAAGCCGGCUGGUCGUCGUCUGCCUGGAGAUAUGAAUGGCAAUAUCAUGGCGUACAGAGAGUGGAGAUCCCUCUCCGAUAACUUGAUGAAUCGUCAACGUUCGAAGCAGGCUCCCAAGACCAUGUGUCAAGAGUCCGUGUGUCAGCCUCAGGGAAAAGGCCAGGCGCCCCCAAAAAACCCUGGGAAGGAGAAUCCACGGAACUCGGAAAAUCUAAAGGAAGACGAGGUUUUCAUGAACACGGCAACUGUCUCGCGCGCUCCAGUUGGUAAGACAAAUGCUAGAAGAUCAUCAUCCUCGCAACUACUACAAUCGAAUUCUCGAACCACCGGAGACUCGACACCAACAUCCCGGGUACCCAUGUCGAGGUCACCGCCAUCUGGAUUACGACCAGGGAUACCAAGGCCGCUCGACGACAAACAAAACACACCCUCGAAGUCCCCAUCAAAUCUUACAAGCAUUUCCUUCAACAAGACCCGCGGGCAAUCCGAGCGAAACUCUGACUCUCCACGAGGUAUCCGUGGAAUAAUGCGCUUUCCAGGGAUGAGGAAGUCAUCCACAGAGCAAAAUGCGGGCACGAAUAGACGCCAGUCGUCUAUGCCAAUGCCAACAAGCAAAAGUGGCAGCGGAGAGAUGAGAAGUAUCUCCAAUCCAGCCCGAGUCACCUCCGAGCCAUCGUCUAAGAGUGUGUCUCCAGUCUCAUCGGUCGUCCCGCAAGAAAAUGGAGAUAAGGACUCGAGCACGGAAAUCAUGAAUGUCGCCGAAAUCGAUGGGGAACAACUGCAGCGAGAGAGAGAAAAAAACGCUACCACCGAUUCUCCCGACAACGCUGAGAACAGUGACAAGGAAGACGCAGUAUACCCCUUGACAAUAUCUCUUCUCUUUGACAUCCUAAUCCUAUCUGUCGCAUACAUACAACGCCUCUCCAGCGAAUUCCUGGGAAACGAAUACCCGCAAGUAAUUUUGCAAAGCGUCGUGGAAAUGCUCGAGCACUGCGCCCAUGUCAGCAGACACAUCUCUUUCGCCUUCUCGACAUACAGGUCCACAGGGUCCUGGCCAAAAUCGGGCAAUGGAGACCUUUGUGGCUCUCUCACGGAUAUAGCGCAGGCCAUUGUUUAUCUUAUUUCGCUGGGGUUUAUGAUGAUUAUUAUCGGUAGGGCUGCUGGGUAUGUUGUCAUUGUUGGUAGUUGGGUGGUAUGGAUGGCGAAACCUUUUGGUUGGGCAUUUGGGUUGGUGGCUAGAGCGCUUGUGCCGUGA